AUGUGCGAUCUGCUUUGGAGUGAUCCUGAUGACAGAUGCGGUUGGGGAAUCAGUCCCAGAGGUGCUGGUUACACUUUCGGCCAGGACAUCAGUGAGGCCUUCAACCACAACAAUGGUUUGACGCUGGUCGCCCGAGCCCAUCAGUUGGUCAUGGAGGGCUACAACUGGAGUCAGGACAGAAACGUCGUCACGAUAUUCUCGGCUCCCAAUUACUGUUACCGCUGCGGCAACCAAGCCGCGAUCAUGGAGAUUGACGAACAUCUGAAAUACACCUUGUGA